UCUCCACUUGGCGGAACCUGAUGCUGUUCCACGCCCGCAGCCCACUUAUUAAAAGUUUGCGAGGGUUUCUGCUGACGUCCCUUGAUCGCUUUCAUCAGUGCUCUCCACCACCUCCUCUCCGGCGACUUCGGGAUGGGAGAUUCUCCGGCAAAAAAAUCCCCCACGCUUCCGGUCCCCGGCCGCCGGAACAUCCUCAUCACUAGCGCCCUCCCCUACGUCAACAACGUACCCCAUCUCGGCAAUAUCAUCGGCUGUGUUCUGAGCGCCGAUGUGUUUGCUCGGUACUGCCGGCUUCGGAGUUAUAAUACCGUUUAUAUUUGUGGGACGGAUGAAUAUGGAACGGCCACGGAGACCAAGGCCAUGGAGGAGAAUUGCUCACCGAAAGAGAUUUGUGAUAAAUACCAUGCGAUUCACAGGGACAUUUAUAAAUGGUUUGACAUAAGCUUUGAUGAGUUUGGACGCACAUCCACCCCCCAGCAGACUGAAGUUUGCCAAUCAAUAUUUCAGAAACUGAUGGAAAAUAAAUGGCUUUCUGAAAACACAAUGCAGCAACUUUACUGUGAUACAUGCCAACGCUUCUUAGCUGAUCGUCUUGUGGAGGGCACGUGCCCUACACUGGAUUGUAAUUAUGAAUCUGCACGAGGUGACCAGUGUGAAAAAUGCGGGAAGUUGUUAAAUCCAACUGAAUUGAAAGAUCCUAAGUGCAAGGUAUGUCAAACUACUCCUCAAAUUCGUGAUACAGACCACUUGUUUCUAGAGCUACCUUUGCUGAGGGAUAAAUUAGAAGAGUAUAUCAACAGUAUGUCAGUGGCUGGAGCUUGGAGCCAAAAUGCUAUUCAAGCAACAUACGCAUGGCUGAAGGAGGGAUUAAAACCUCGCUGUAUCACAAGGGAUCUUAAAUGGGGAGUUCCUGUUCCGCAUGAGAAGUAUAAAGAUAAGGUAUUUUAUGUCUGGUUUGAUGCCCCAAUUGGAUAUAUCUCAAUUACCGCAUGCUACACCAUGGACUGGGAGAAGUGGUGGAAGAAUCCUGAAAAUGUGGAGUUGUAUCAGUUCAUGGGCAAGGAUAAUGUGCCAUUUCACACAGUUAUGUUUCCUUCUACACUUCUUGGAACUGGUGAAGAGUGGACAAUGAUGAAGACUAUAAGUGUGACAGAAUAUUUAAAUUAUGAAUCAGGAAAGUUUUCCAAAAGCAAAGGAAUUGGAGUUUUUGGUAAUGACGCAAAAGAUACGAGGAUUCCUCCAGAAGUAUGGAGAUACUACUUGCUAACUAACAGGCCUGAGGUAUCAGACACUUUAUUUACAUGGGCAGACUUGCAGGCUAAGUUAAACAGCGAGUUGCUAAAUAAUUUGGGCAAUUUUAUUAAUCGUGUAUUGAGCUUCAUUGCUAAACCACCAGGAGCAGGAUAUGAUUAUGUCAUUCCUGAUGCUCCUGAUGCAGAAUCACAUCAAUUAACAAAAUCUCUAGCAGAGAAAAUUGGCAAAUUGGUCGACCAGUAUCUUGAUGCCAUGGAAAAGGUUAAGUUGAAACAAGGUUUAAGAACUGCGAUGAGCAUAUCCAGUGAGGGAAAUGCAUAUUUACAAGACAGCCAAUUUUGGAAGCUUUACAAAGAAGAUCCAUCUUCAUGUGCAAUUGUGAUGAAAACUUCGGUGGGACUUGUCUACCUUCUUGCAUCUUUGUUGGAACCUUUUAUGCCUUCCUUUUCUGUUGAAGCCCUAAGGCAACUUAAUAUAGCACCAGAAACACACCUUUCAUUUUGUGAUGAGAAAGGAGAAACUGAGAAGGCAAAAAAACCUUGGGAUUUUCUACCUUCUGGUCAUAAAAUAGGUAAACCUGAGCCACUAUUUAAGGAACUGAAAGAUGAAGAUGUGGAAUUCUUUAGGAUGAAAUUUGCUGGUAGUCAAUCUGAUAGAAAAGUAAAAGCAGAAGCUGAAGAGAAAAAAAUUGCCGAGCAGCUGAAAAGCACAAAAAUAAGAGAAGGAAAUGCAAAGAAACAACAGACUAAGCCUGUUGGUAGUUCAAAGUCAAAGGCUUCUGAAACAGAAAUUUCUAUAUCCAAACUUGACAUUCGUGUGGGUAUGAUCAAGAAAGUUCAGAAGCACCCAGAUGCUGAUUCUCUGUAUGUGGAAGAAAUCGAUGUGGGUGAAGACUCAACUAGAACAGUUGUUAGCGGUCUUGUCAAAUACAUCUCUCUUGAAGAAAUGCAGAAUCGGAAAGUCUGUGUUCUUUGUAAUCUGAAACCAGCUACUAUGCGGGGUAUUAAAUCACAUGCGAUGGUCUUGGCUGCAUCGAAUGAGGACAACAGUAAGGUUGAAUUGGUUGAUCCACCAGAAUCUGCCGUUGUGGGAGAGCGAGUCAGCUUUCCUGGUUACUCAGGCGAGCCAGAUGGUGUGCUAAAUGCGAAGAGUAAGGUCUGGGAAAGGGUGCAAGCUGAUCUUCAUACAGAUGCAGAGCUAGUAGCCUGUUACAAGGAUGCACCUUUCACGACUUCAGUGGGUGUGUGCAAGGUCUUAUCCAUAGCAAGCGGGGCCAUAAGGUAGAUUGGAGAUUCUUUGUUCAUCCAGAACACAUUUCAACAGAUUUUGCCUUUGAUCAUUGUUUGUUGUCACAAUUUAUUGUCAUGGUAAUCUACCUCACUAUAGUUUUAGACUGGUAAUACAAUAUUUCCCUAGAUGAGAAUUGUAAAUGACUGAUGGUUUUGGAUUGUGUCAAGUUUGUCACAUGAUACGAAAUGGUCAAAUAUGUGCUUUGAUGAAAA